UCUUUAGAAACAAUACACCACACCAUGAAAACUCUCGCCUUCUUGCUCUUCGCUGUGACUUUGGCCGCACCAGCUUUCGCUGAAGUCUUGGAUCGUUGCUCUUUGGCUCGUGAGAUGUCUCGCUUGGGUGUUCCCAGGGAUCAACUAGCUCGUUGGGCUUGUAUUGCCGAACACGAGAGCUCCUUCCGCACUGACGUUGUCGGACCAACCAACUACAAUGGCUCCAACGAUUACGGUCUCUUCCAGAUCAACGACUACUACUGGUGCCAACCUGCGGACGGUCGCUUCUCCUACAACCAGUGCCACAUCGGCUGCGAUGGAUUAUUGACCAACGACAUCGAACCCAUAGUACGUUGUGCUCAAGAAAUUUUACGUAUGCAAGGUUGGUCCGCCUGGUCCACCUGGCACUACUGCGACGGCUAUGUGCCAAGCAUUGAUGACUGCUUCUAAAGUGGUUGUGUUUGUGGUUGCUGUUGAAUUGUAAUUGCUUAAAUUUGUUGAUGUUCGGUUAUGUUAAAAUAAAAUAUUUUCUUAUUCUUCGAA